CCCAAUCUCCCGCCCUGCCCUCCACCCCCAGCUGCUGAGUGGAGCCGAGCGCUCCUAUUUCCCCAUCCCAUCCCAUCCCACCCCACCCACAACCGCGCGCAAACCCUAAAUCCAUGGCGUCGAUGCCCAGGCCGCCCCCGCCGCGCCCCAAGACGCGGGGGAGCUACAACUGCGGCCGGUGCGGCCUCCCCAAGAAGGGCCACGUCUGCGUCGCCGGGGGCCCGACCCCCUCCCCGUCCUCCUCCGCCAGCGGCGGCGGCGCAGUAGGAGGAGGGGAGGGGGCCAAGCUCCGCCGCGCGCUCUCGUUCGACGAGGCCACGCCCUCGUCUCCGGAGAAGAAGGCGAGGGCGGGGGAGGAAGGGGAGGGGGAGGUGGUGGCGGUGGACGAGGAUGAGGGGGGCGGGCCGGAGCCUGAGCUGGAGCUGGAGCUGGGCGGGAGGGCCGUGCCGAGGGAGGUCAUGGCGGAGGAGCUGCGCCUCCGCGCCGCCGGCGUCAGCCUCGUCGGCGCGCUGCUCCCGCGGUGCCCCGCGCUCUCGCGGCUCUACCUGAGAAUGGAAAGUGAUGUUGAUGCCACUAUGCUGGCCUGUCUUGCGUUUUCCUGCCCAAGUUUGGAAACUCUUGAGAUCAGCAUGUCUGACAAUGCAUUCAACAGGAUGACUGGGGAGGAACUAAGUCGGUUUGUUUCGGAAAAGCAUUCUCUCUCAGUUCUCAAAAUUGGUGGUUGCUCUAACCUUGGUUUUCUUAAUCUAAACUCUUCAAGCCUGUCAAUUCUUUGGCUGUCAGAUCUUUGUUCCCUUUCAAAAUUGGUCAUAAAUUGUCCUAACAUGAGUGAGAUCUCACUGUGCUUCACGCAACAAAGUAACGACUGUACUGAUCUUGUUACAUUGAUGGAUGGCCUGGGUCGUACAUGCCCUAACUUAAAAAACAUGAACAUAUCAUCGGCUCAACUAUCCAAUGAAGCUGUGUUCGCUCUAGAGGGUGCUAACCUCAGGGGCUUGUGCAUGCUCUCGUUGAUUCUAGGUUCAAAAAUAACAGAUGCAGCUGUUGCAUCUAUUAUUCGAUCUUGUGCAAGCUUGGAAUUGCUUGAUUUAAGCGGAUCUAGUAUCAGUGAUAAUGGUGUUGGGAUGAUCUGCAAGGCAUUCCCUCAUACUUUAUCAAGGCUACUCCUUGCUCUUUGCCCAAAUGUGACGACAUGUGGGAUCCAAUUUGCAACAGCACAAUUACCACUUCUUCAGCUCAUGGACUGUGGGAUGACCUUAUGUGCUAGUUUGCAGAAUGAGAAACAGGGGCCUUAUUUCGGUGAAAUUAAUGGAUCCAUUAGAUUUUGUCCGAAAUUGCCCACCUCUAAAAAGCAGCCUAUUAACCAAAAGCUUAUUGUUAAGCAUGGUAAUCUGAAGAAGCUCAGUCUAUGGGGCUGUUCAGCAAUAGAUGCUCUAUAUCUAAAUUGUCCAGAGCUGAAUGAUCUAAAUCUCAACUCCUGUACAAAUCUAAAUCCAGAACGGUUGCUUCUUCAAUGCCCAAAUUUAAAGAAUGUGCAUGCAUCUGGUUGUCAUGAUAUGUUGAUUGGAGCAAUCAGAAACCAGGUUCUGAAUGAGUUCGCUGCAGCUGAAUCACAUCUUCCAUGCAAGCGGCUAGCAGAUGGUUCAAAAAGGGUUCGACUUCCGCAAUUCUCUCAGCAAGAGCCAUCGGAGGACAAAAAGGGGAUUGGUUUAAGGCAGAACCAGUGCACCGUUCAUCUUGAUUGAUAGUAACGUAACCAGAUGUUGAAACCUGAGCAUUGUUAUUGUACACAUCCUAAUUUUAUGCAUUCUGGAGAUUGUUAAGUUGUGCAUGCAGUAAUGUCUCCAAACUUAUACUAGUUUCUAUGAUCCUUGUUGUAUAAGUUGCUUUUGGCAACUGUUUCCACUGCUUAUGGUGUGCUACCCUGGCCUGUAAGACUUCUGUAAAACAAUAAUAUGUAGCCCUGACGAUAUAUUCCAUUCUAUUUUAUUCGGGACAAUAAAGAGCCUGAAUCCUUUGAAAUGAUGUGCAUAGGGCAUGUUUAACUCGUUAA